AUGACAAUUAAUAAUUGUAAUGAGUUUAAAAAUUUGUGGAAUUAUUUUCACGAUGAAUCGAACGAUUCUGGAGAAUAUCAUUUUAAAGAUCUAGUAUUCAAGACAUACUGCCCUGAUUUGAAGUGCAAUAACGAUAUCGAUAAGAUUAAUGCUGGUUGUCUAUGGAUAUUUAAUGCUUUUUUCGGUAAAAUUAGUAUUUCACUUAAUAAUGUCAGUUAUAAGGAUGCGGUUGUAUGUAUUAUGAUGUGGUUAAGUUAUAGAUUAAGCCUAAAUACAUUUGAUGACAUCACCACAUUAAACGAUUUUUAUUCUAAGCAUAUAGAAAAAAACGAGAAGUACGCUGUGAAUAAAAUGCAUAAUCAAAAAUUUAAAGGUUAUAAGGAUAUCAUAGAUCAAAUAAAGGAAUAUAUGGAUAUUGAUGUUAGUCAUAUGUCUAAAUUUUAUGAAUUACUUAAAUUAUUAUGCAGUAUGGAUACUGCUUAUACGAGAAAUGAUAGUAGCGAUUUUUCAAAAUAUGUUAAGAAAUUUGUUGAAGAGUAUGAAAAACUCCUUGAUGAUGAUAAUAAUACUGACGGCAGUCCAUACAAUAAAGUAUUACUUGUUUUAUCCAAUUAUUAUUAUAAUUUUGAAAAACUCAGAGUUCCUAGUAAAACACAAAUGGAACGUCCUUCAUUACGAAUAGAAAAAAGAGGUAAAAAAGUUGAACUAAAAGAUUCUGAAGAAAUUAGAACAACUGAAUUGUCGACUGAAACAGAUAGAUCAAGUAUUGAAACAACAACCACAAUGUCUAACACUACAUUAUCAGGAUCAUCAGUAGUAAACAAAUUAGUCAUAGUUUUAUCGAUAUUUUCUGCAAUACUAAUUUUCUUUGGAAUUGCUUAUAAGUAUUCGUUAUUUGGAUUUCGGAAACGAUCUCAAAAACAAAAAUUAAAAGAAAAGAUAAAAACAUAA